CGGAGGGCGGGUCUUAUGCUCGUGGGAAAUAACGCAUCGGGUCAACGAUUGAUCAGAUUAUUGGUAUUUUAUCUAAUAAAUGAUAAAGUGACAUUUCACUCCGCGGGUGUUUUUGUGUUUGGGCUUUAAGUAAGGGAGCCUGGAGGGACAAUUGAGUGAGAUUCAACUCCUCGGUUUAGAGAUGGAGGGUGGAGGUCUAUCGCAGUGCAGACCAGCCUCUUUUCUACAGAUUUGGAGACGUACCUGAGGAGCUGCUCUCUCUCUCUCUCUCUCCCUCUCUCGACAGAUUCACCUUAAUGCCUCGAGGUACGCCCUUUGUGUCAUAAACUGACUCUUCCUUCCCUGUCACAAUGCGUCGCCACAAAUCAAACCUCAAGAAGCGAAGGAAAAAGGACGCAGAGAGAAAGAGAAUAGCUCGCAUGACAGAGACGCCACAACAAACCGAGCUCCGUCAGGCCCUCGAUAGAAAAAGGAAACGCCAACAAAUAGCAAACGAGACGCCGGAAGCUGCAAAGCGUCGCAGAGACUUUAACAAGGAGGCCAUGGCGAGGCACAGAGCCCGAGAAACACCAGAGGCUGCAGAACAUCGCCGACACGUGAACAAACUAGCCAAGGCACGCCACAGAGUGCAGCAAACGCCAGAGGAUGCAGAACGCCGUCGAGCCUCGCACAGACAAGCCAAGGCACGGCGGAGAGCACGAGAAACCCCAGAGGCUGCAGAACGUCGCAGACUCUCAAACAAAGCAGCCAUGGCACGGCGCAGAGCACGACAGAAAGCAGAGCUCUGGAUGGACCAGAUAACUGUGGUGAGAAUAGAUGACACACACAUUGCAGAGGAGCAGGUUAAAGAUGACGCUGCAGAGUACUACGAGGAGGAGUACUCGAUUCCUGCGGAGGAGGAGGAGGAGGAAGAGGAAGACGGUGUUUAUGUCAUUGAGUAUUCAAAUCCUGAAGAGGAGGAAGAGAGCUACCUGUUCACAGUGUCUGCGGCCAAAAAGCCAGUAACCACUCAUCCUGUGGUCGGAGUGAACGCCAGAGCUCCUCUACCUGCGAUGUCCAAACCGUCCAGGCCAACGAGACACGAGCCAGAAGAGGAAGCUGGUAAAUGAAGAGGAGGUGAGGAAGGAGGAGGUUGUGAGCCUUAAAUCUGUGUUGGAGCUUGGAGAGAACUACAGCGACGUGAUGGAAGUGAAUUCAGGCUCUGGUUCGGCCGUACAUCUAAAACAACCAGGACGCUGUUUUACAGGGGCCACAACCCGCGGAGACUCCAGAAAGUCACUGCACCCAAAAAAUAGUCCUGCACAGAAACCCCUGAAACCCAUCAGUACAGAUUAAACAAACAAGAUACUGCAUGGUAACUCGUGAGCUUCAGAUUCAGCCUGUCCUCCCUGUAGACAGGAAGAGGCUCGCUGCUUCCAGUCUUCAUGCUGUGAUAACUUCAGAUAUGUGAGUGGUGCAUUCAUCUCAUUUAACUCUCUAAAGUGCUCAAACUACGGUACGAGUACCACUGGUGGUGCAUGAGCUGCCUGUAGAGAAUAAAAUAACUGAAAUAUAUAAUACUAUUAAAAUACAACAUGUCUAAUAAAUGUGGUUUAACCUGCUACGUAGUCGCGUUCAUGCAUGUAGCGCACGCAUACAUCCGUGAUUAGUUACAAGCUAAAAUGUGAUGAUGAGACAGUAAGCGGAGGUAAAGUUAACGGUUCAGAAACACUGCAGUCGUGGAUCUAAACAGGAACUAUUGGGAAGGGAAGUGUGGACCAGGAGGACCCCCUUUCCACCAUUCAGGAUUCAGUCUACAUAAAUCUUUAUCUGGAAUAAAGCUGCCUCCUCGUGAACUGUCUGGGAACCUUUUCUAUCAUUUAAUAAACUGACUCAGUGACAUAUUUAAUGUAUAUUUCAUAUUAUAUUAAAAACUGUACAAUGAACCCAAACAGUGAACUGUUUGAACUGCAGGAAGUCAGUGUAAAACCAGAGCUUUGCAUGAAUGUUUGAGCACAUUAUUUCCUAUUUAGGGAACUUUUUAUACAAUUCUGUCUGUAUUCUGUAUUUUUAUUAUUUUUAACAAUCUUACGGACUUAAUAGGCUUCUUGUUUGACAAAUUCAGUGUUUUCUUCUCCUGUUAACCUCUCAGCCCUCCACAGUGCUAAUCCUUGACUGCACAGCUGCAGAGAGGAAAUAAAAUGAUGAUCCCAGUAUGAAUAUUAAGUGUUAACAGCCUCCGUAGUUGUUUGAUAUAAAAAUGCAGGUGGUGAAAAACAGAAACAGAAGGCCAAUGUCACUAUUUUUCAUAUUUUACUGCUAAGUUUUUUGUUUUAUUGCUGUAACAAAUUGUCUUUAUUUAACAUUAUUUAAAACAUUAUUAAAGGGAAACGCCACAGAUUUCUCUCCA